UGCUGCACACCUACACACGUCAAUCAAAUAUUUACUAGUGACAAGUGGAAGUGAACGACUGAAAUGGGUGACCCUGCGACCGAAGGAGUUCAGAAUUUAAAUAUUAACGAAAAGUCUAAAACCAAAGCAAUGAAGGAGAAAAAGAAAAAAGCCGAAGACACUUCAGGAACGGUAUCCGAGUUGAAUCCGUGGCCAGAAUUCAUUCAGAAGAGAAUCAAUCUCUGGGAUAAAUACAAGACACAAUAUCAGGAGCAGUUAGCUGCGAAACCAGAACUGAGUAUUGUUGUGACAUUACCCGAUGGGAAGACGGUGGAAGCUAAAGCAUGGAGAACCACUCCUUAUGAUGUAGCCAAGGGUAUCAGUCAAGGGUUAGCGGACUCAACUAUCAUAGCUCGGGUGAACAAUGAGCUAUGGGAUCUAGACAGACCGCUAGAGGGUGACUGCAAACUGGAACUCCUACGUUGGGAUAAUACUGAUGCUCAGGCUGUCUUCUGGCACUCAUCAGCUCAUAUGCUCGGUGAAGCUAUGGAAAGGGUUUAUGGUGGAUGUCUUUGUUAUGGACCACCUAUUGAAGAAGGUUUCUAUUAUGACAUGUAUUAUCCUGAAAAAGGGAUAUCUUCUACAGAUUUCCACGUUCUAGAAGGAUUAGUAAAGAAGAUAGCAAAGGAGAAGCAACCUUUCGAACGUUUAGAACUGACAAAGGAGCAAUUAUUGGAGAUGUUUGAUUACAAUCCAUUCAAAGUGAGAAUUUUGAACGAAAAAGUUAACACUCCGACCACUACGGUGUACAGAUGUGGUCCAUUGAUUGAUCUCUGCCGGGGACCUCAUGUCAGGCAUACUGGAAAGGUUAAGGCAUUGAAGGUUACCAAGAACUCUGCCACAUAUUGGGAGGGCAAAGCUGAUGCGGAGAGUCUUCAGAGGAUAUACGGAGUAUCUUUCCCUGAGCCAAAGCAGCUGAAAGAGUGGGAGAUGAUACAGGAGGAAGCGGCCAAGAGAGACCAUAGGAAGAUUGGCAGGGAACAAGAGUUGUUUUUCUUCCACGAGUUGUCACCUGGCUCGUGUUUCUUCCAACCGCGCGGCGCUCAUAUAUACAAUACUUUGGUUAACUUCAUACGGGAGCAAUAUAGAGUGCGAGGUUUCCAAGAAGUGGUAACACCAAACAUGUACAAUGCCAAGUUGUGGCAGACUUCGGGCCACUGGGCGCAUUAUGCUGAGAACAUGUUCUCCUUCGAUGUGGAGAAAGAGACCUUCGCCCUCAAACCUAUGAACUGUCCGGGACAUUGUAUAAUGUUUGAUAAUCGUCCGCGGUCGUGGCGCGAGCUGCCGCUGCGGCUGGCGGAUUUCGGUGUGCUGCAUCGCAAUGAGCUGAGUGGCGCGCUCACCGGACUGACUCGCGUGCGUCGCUUCCAGCAGGACGACGCACACAUCUUCUGUACGCCGCAACACAUCGAGCAGGAAAUGGUGGCGUGCUUAGAAUUCCUGGACUGCGUGUACACGACUUUCGGGUUCACGUUCCAGCUGAAGUUGUCCACGCGACCUGAGAAGUAUCUAGGAGAUCUUGCCACUUGGGAUCAGGCGGAAAAGGCUUUAGAAGAUUCUUUGAACAAAUUCGGUCGACCCUGGCAACUGAACCCUGGGGAUGGCGCUUUUUACGGACCCAAGAUUGAUAUUACAAUCCAGGAUGCGCUGCGUCGCUCCCACCAGUGCGCCACCAUUCAGCUAGACUUCCAGCUGCCUGAGAGAUUCAACCUUACCUAUGUCAGUGAGAGUGGUGAGAAGAAGCGUCCAGUGAUAAUCCACCGCGCCAUCUUGGGGUCAGUGGAGCGCAUGGUGGCCAUACUGAGCGAGUCGUACGCCGGCAAGUGGCCGCUGUGGCUCAGUCCCAGGCAAGUCUGUGUUGUACCUGUCGGACCCUCGCUGGACCAGUACGCCACCACGGUGAAUGAGAAGCUAUUUGCUAACGGCUUCAUGUCAGAAGUGGACACAGACCCUGGAGACACGCUCAACAAGAAAGUGCGAAACGCACAACUUGCCCAGUUCAACUAUAUACUAGUGGUGGGAGAACGCGAGAAGAACUCCAACACGGUGAAUGUCCGCACCAGAGACAACAAGGUGCACGGAGAGAUGACUGUAGACGCGCUCAUAGACCAUCUCAACAAGCAGGUCAAAGAGAAGACAUUGUCAGAUGACAGCCAGCUGCUCGGCUAACUAUAGACAUGAGAUCAUAGGAAAUACUCUGCAUAGCAUGGUGCGGGUGACAUUUCGAUCGAUGACGUCAUUUUUGACAUUUAUGACAGUACUUAAAGGGGUUUUAAUUCUAGAAAUGACAAUUUUGAACACAAUCGUAAGUUAAAAUGAAAUUUGACUCGCAUCAUGUUGUAAUGAAUAUAUUUAUCUCGUAUAUUCUUAUUUAAAGUCAAUGUGAUGUAAAUUUUUCAUACAAAUAUUAUUAUUAAUUAAAUACGAACUCAGAGCUUCUCAAAGAGUACAGAAAAUAUUUUUUUCAAUACAUUUACAUUGUAGACAUAUCUUAAAUUACAGUUACAAAAAAAUCACACCCUCUCUACUGAAGGGUAGGCAGUUUUACGUUCCCUAAGCAUUUGUUUAUUGAUUCCUUUACAAUUUUAUUUGCUAAUUCGUAUCCCGUUUGUAAGAAAAAGCUGUGUUUUUUCUGAAUACAAGAAUCUUUUUAACAUUAAUUUAUUAUACAAUUAAAAAUUGGGAUACAAAUAAAAAAUUUAAUAAGUA